CACCCGAACAAAAAGUACUCUCUCUCUCUCUCUCUCUCUCUCUCCAUCUGUCAACAAAAAUGGGCUCUAUGUCCCAAGAAACAAAGCUCCCAUUUGUUGACUUCAGCAAGGAGGGUGAUAAGCUGAACCCAGAGAGUCCCGAAUGGGUCUCCCUCAGGGCCCAAGUGAGGCUAGCCCUCGAGGACUUCGGGUGCUUCGAAGCUCGUUUCGAUGGGGUCCCCAUGGAUCUCCGGAACACGAUGAUGGGCUCACUCCAAGAGCUGUUCGACCUGCCCCUGGAGAUGAAGCUGCGGAACGUUUCGAGAAAGCCAUUUCAUGGCUACGUGGGGCAGUACCCCCAGGUGCCACUGUUCGAGAGCAUGGGAAUCGACGAUGCCGAUUUGCAUGAGAAGGUGGAUGAGCUUGCUAAUUCCUUAUGGCCCCAGGGUCAUCCCACAUUCAGCAAAACAAUACGGUCCUAUUCCGAGAAAUUGUUGAAGCUGGACCAAAUCAUUAGAAGGAUGAUCUUAGAGAGUCUCGGUGUGGAAAAAUAUUUAGAGGAACACCUGAACUCGACGAAUUACCUUCUCCGCGUCAUGAAAUAUAAAGGACCACAUACUCCCGAAACAAAGCUGGGACUGAAUGCGCACACCGAUAAGAACAUAGUGACGAUACUGUAUCAGAACCAGGUGGAAGGACUCGAGAUCCAGACUAAAGAUGGAGAGUGGAUCAGUUUUAAACCCUCCCCGGAGUCUUUCAUCGUUAUGAUUGGAGAUUCACUCUAUGCAUGGGCAAAUGCACGGCUUCACAGUCCAAACCACCGCAUCAUGAUGAGUGGAAAUGAAACAAGGUACUCCGCCGGGCUGUUCUCGAUUCCAAAAGCUGGAUAUAUAAUAAAAGCACCAGAUGAGCUGGUCGACGAGGAACACCCCUUGCUCUUUAAACCCUUUGAUCAUGUUCAGUUCCUCGGGUUCUACUACACCGAGGAAGGGCAAAGAGCCGAAUCUGCACUCAAGGCUUAUUGUGGUGUCUAGUAGACUGUUAAGUUGAUCUUCAUUUUCACUGCUUGUGAUAUCCACAAAAGAAUGAAGCAUCUCUACUGUAAUAUUGUAGGUGUUCUCAUCAUUUUCGUUGUACGAUGCACUAGAAGUUCUUUGAUUUGCUUGCAGAAAAGCAGAAUAAUACACACGGAUACCAUGUGUUUAUUCAUUGUUAA